AUGGUGGGAGCAGGACGGGGAGGAGGAGGAGGAGGAGAAGGAGAAACAAGCUUGGGGGACGAGCAGAGUCUAGCGGGAGAAAGCCAAGGUGCCGAGAGGGUAGGAGGGUUGAUGAGUAAGGUCCUGGUAUUUUUGACAGAUCGAGAGCAAAUGCAGACAGCAGACAGAGACAGGGCAGACAGGUGUCCGUAUGUACUUAUAGGUACCUCGCAGGCCGGGGUGCGGGCGAGGUGGUACCUGGGGCCUACCCUGUACGGAGUAUGGUUUCCUGAGUUACCGGCUUGCACCACCGCGGCACAUGACCCCAGAGCACAGCACAACAAGCCAUGCGCGCUCUCAUCUCACAAAGGCACAGGCCAAUUUGUUCAACGCCGUCUUCCAACCCGCUCUCCCCUUUGCAUUGUCUCCACUCUGCAGUCGGCAGCGAUGCAUCCGCGCAUCCGCGUCAAUAGAACAGAUGGAUGCAGCAGACGCCACGCUGUAGAAUGUGCUAGUAGGUCAGUACACUCAAAUGUCGCACGGGACCAGUUGCUUCCCUUGGGUGAGGAGCACCUGACCAGCGGGUCCAGAGGCCCACACUACGUCAUUCUCCCAUGGCGCCAGGGCCAGCCAGCGUUGUCGCGCCCUAAUGCGGACUAG